CCGUCCUUCCGGGUGUCUGCCGGUCCAAGGGCGCGAUGGGCGGGCGGGCGGCGGCGCUGGCGGCGGCGGCCUGGGCGGCGCUGCUCCCGUGCGCGGCCCUGGCGCUCUUCGCGGGCGGCUUCCUGCUGAUGCGGCUGGAGCUGAGCCAGCGCAGCGCCUGCCACCUCCCGCCGGGCGGCCCUCCCGCCACCGCCGCCUCGGCCUCCCCGCCCUGCUGGCUGCCCGGGCGCUUCCCGCGGGCGGCGCUGGUGCUGAUCGACGCGCUGCGCUUCGACUUCGCCGCCGCCACGGGCCCGGCCGUCCCCGGCUCCCCCAGGCCCUUCGAGGGGCGGCUGGUGGUCCCGCGGCGCCUGGCCCUGCGGCAGCCCCGCCACGGCCGCCUCUACCGCUUCCGCGCCGACCCGCCCAGCACCACCAUGCAGCGGCUGAAGGCGCUGACCACCGGCUCCCUGCCCACCUUCGUCGACGCCGGCAGCAACUUCGCCUCCUACGCCGUCCGGGAGGACAACCUGCUCUGGCAGCUGGCCAGCAACGGGAAAAAAGUGGUCUUCAUGGGAGACGACACCUGGGAGGGCCUCUUCCCCCAGGCCUUCCACCGCGCCCACUUCUUCCCUUCCUUCAACGUCAAGGACCUGCACACGGUGGACGACGGGAUCUUGCAGCAUUUGUACCAGACAGUGGACAGUGGCGAAUGGGAUCUCUUGAUUGCCCAUUUCUUGGGUGUGGAUCACUGUGGUCACAAACACGGGCCAGACCACCCCGAAAUGACCAAGAAGCUCUCCCAGAUGGAUGAGAUGCUCAGUUCACUGGUUGACCACCUGGGAAAUGACACCCUCCUCCUGGUGGCAGGGGACCACGGCAUGACCUCCACCGGCGACCACGGGGGAGACAGUGACGAGGAGCUCGAUGCGGCUCUCUUUGUGUACAGCAAGAGUCCUCUCUUCCAGGACCCUCCCCCUGAGGAGCCCCAGACGGUCCCACAGGUUAACCUGGUGCCCACCCUGGCGCUUCUGUUGGGGGUGCCGGUGCCCUACAGCAACAUUGGGGAAGUGAUGGCUGACCUCUUUGCAACCGAGGGAGACGCGGCCUCUUCGCUCCGUGCCCAGCUGGCAGCCUACGACAUCAAUGCCAGGCAGGUGGACCGCUUCCUGCACUCCUACGCAGAGGCCGCUCAGGACCUCCCGGCGGAGAAGCUGCGGCACCUUCAGCGUCUCUUCCGCUCCGCCGUGGAGGAGCACGAGCGCCUCUCGGCCCAGGAGGCCUCUCUGGCGCUGCUGCCGCAGAUGGAGGGGCUCCGGGCGCGCUUCCAGCAGUACCUGCGAGAGGCCCGGGCUGUGUGUGCCGAGUCCUGGGCCCGCUUCCAUCCCGGCUUCAUGGUGGCCGGCUGCGCCCUCUUGACCUCCUCCUGCCUGCUGUGCUACGUGGCCUCCCGGCUGGCCACUCGCCUGGACUUCUCCUACCGCCACUUCUUCCUCUACCCCUCGCUCUGGGGGAUGGCGGGGGUGGCCCUGCUGGGGCUGGCUCACCUCCUCCGGGGGGCCAGAGCUGACCUCCUCCUGCUGUCCGCCUGGGGGGCAGCCGCCUCCCAGCUGGGCUUCUUCUGGCACUGCUGGACCAGGCGCCCCCCAGCCCCGAAGGCGGCCGGCCUUUGCCCCCCCUUUGAGGGGUUCAGCCUGAAGCCCAGGCUCUGGGCGGGGCCGGGGCUGUCCCUGGGCAUCCUCUUCCUGCGUUGCGCUGCCAUGCUUUCGGACAGCUUUGUGGUGGCAGAGGGCCAGGUGGUGCCCUUCCUGCUCACCUCCCUGGUGCUGCUGCAGGCGCUGAAGCUGCAGUGGAAGGGCAGGCUGGACGGCUCCCUGCACUGUUGGCAGCUGCUGGCCACCCUGGGCGUGGUGGUGGUGUGCGCGCGACUGUCGGGGCUUUUCCGGAAGUGCCGCGAGGAGACCCCGGCUUGCCAGACGGCCUCCAUCCUGGGCGCCCUCUCCAGCCUGCAGGAACCCAGGGCCAAGAACCUCUACUACGGCCUCUGCCUGGGGGUGCUGGCCAGUCUGGUGUGGGGCACCCGCUGCUGGCUGCGCCAUUACGGCAACCUGAACAGCCCCUGCGCCCUGGUGCUUUUUGUGCGGUGGGGGUUCCCGCUGCUGGCCUUGGCCCUGGCCGGUUACUGGGCCAUCACCUCUGGCGCCGAGGAGACGCUGGUCAAGCGCCACGCCUGGGCCCAGCUGGCUCUGGAGGCCUUCCCCCGCGGGAUCUACCUCUUGGGGGUGGCCGGCCUCCUCCUGGUUUUGUGGAACCCCGUGACCGUCUUUCUGGAGGGCGGCCAAGAGCCCCCCCUCGUGUCCUCCAGCUCCGAGUCCCUGAUCCCCCAGCUGUACCGCCGGAUGCAGGAGUCCCUGAAGAGCCGGCUGGAGGAAAGCCCGGGCGGCUGCAGGGCCACGGUGGCGGCCUACGGGCUGGGCAGCGUCUAUUCGGCCGCCUUGCUCAUUUCCCUGGCCCUGCUGGCCUUCCUGCUGAUGACUCUGCACACGGAGCGGCUCAGCCUGGCCUUCCUCCUGCUCUUCGUGGAGGCCUUCGCCCUGCUGUGGAUGAAUGCCUGCGCCCGGGCCCUCUCCUCCUCCUCCUCCUCCUCCACACACUCGGACCCUUUCGAGGUGCCGUGGGACGCCCUGGUUGCUUGGGCUCUCGCCGCCGCCCAGUUUUUCUACGCCACCGGCCACCAGCCCGUCUUCCCAGCCAUCCACUGGAACGCGGCCUUCGUGGGCUUUCCGCAGGGACACAGCACCAACCUGCUGCCCGCCCUCCUCGUUGGUGCCAACACCUUCGCCUCCCAGAUUCUCCUGGCAGCCGGCUGCCCGCUGCUUCUGCUGUGGCCCUUUGUCUGUGAGGCCGGCACCUCCGUGGCCAGGAGGCCCAAGACGCGGCUCCAGGAGAGGCCGGAGGAGCAGAUGAUGGAGAUGAGGCUGCGGGAGGCCCCAGAGCGGUUCUCAGCAGCGCUGCUGCAGCUGGGCCUCCGGUACCUGCUUAUUUUGGGGCUCCAGCUUCUGGCUUCUGUUCUGGCAGCCAUGAUCCUCAGGAGGCAUCUGAUGGUGUGGAAGGUCUUUGCCCCAAAGUUCCUCUUCGAAGCAGUGGGCUUUGUGGUGAGCUGCGUCUUCCUCCUGCUGGGCCUGGGCCUGGUGAUGCGGGUGGAUUGUGCGGUCAGCAAGUGGUUCAAGCAGGUCAUCCUUGCACAUCCCAGAUAGCGCAGCAGCGCAAGGCAGCCCAUCGAGGUUCCUCACGAUGAAGAGGGGUCCCCGGUCCACCCCCCAGAGAUGCCCUCUGCUUCCUCCCCCUGCCAAGGGCAGAAAGGGGGCAGCCUUUGAAGGGCAAGGAGCUGCGACGGAACGGCCCAGCCUUGCCAAGAGCGGGAAGAAGUUCCGGAUGAAACCAAAGAGAACUUCAGGUGCUCGUUUGCUGGGUGCCUGGGGUACACGGACACCUUGUGGGGAAUGACUUCCUCUCCUUGAAAUCCCGGAGGACCCGGCAGCUUCCUCUCGAAGAGGCUCUGCAGCAGAGCGCCUUGGCAGCCCUGGGCAAUUCCUCCGAGGGCCAGAUGGCAUGGGACUGUGUUCUGGGGAGGGAAGCCGUGGGCAAGGUGCCCUCGGCUGCUGCUCUGCCUGGCUCAGGGGCUCCGAGGGAGAAGGCCAGGCUUGAAGGCUGAAUGGCCAGGUACCCGGAGGUCCUUGCUGCCAUCCCCUUGGGGUGCUAGAUUCUGGGUUCCAGGUUCUGGGUGUGGCUUUUUGAAAUAAAAAUACGGAUUUUCAGA